CAAUCAAUGGAGUCAACCACCAAUUCCCAAAACCUUUUCUGGUAUUAGAGCACGCAUAAUAGCUUCACAGCUUCCGAUCCUCACUUUAUCACUCUCUUAUCUUACCUUUCCAGCUUUCCUCUUUCUAUUCGUUUUCUGCACCCAUGAGUUCCAACUCCACUACCACAAAUAACAGCAGCUCUGGCACCCAGAGCACUCUCUUUGUCGAUGCUGGAGACUCCAAUCUCAUCACUAUCAACCCUGCUGCUCAGCUUCCUUUGAAGCUCACGACGACCAACUUUCUCUCAUGGAGAUCCCAACUCUUCACUCUUCUCAUGGGGCUCGAUUUGAUUGGUUAUCCCGAUGGUACUCUUGCUGCCCCAGCCAAAACUAUUGGUGACGCUCCCAACACAGCUUACAAACCAUGCUUUCGUCAGGAUAAGUUGCUCCUCUAUGCUACUUUUGGCUUUGUUUCAGAAUCUAUUUUAUCUUAUAUUGUUGUUGUUGUCACCGCAAACGAGGCAUGGGUUAUCUUGCAGAAUAUGUUUGCUAAUAGAUCUCGUUCUCGACUGAUGAUUCAAAAGAAUGAUCAAAGUGUUGCGACCAAUCUUCAGAAGAUGAAGAAUCUCGCGGCAGAACUUUCUUUGGUUCAGUGUCCUGUUCCUGAAGAAGAUCUUGUUAUCCACGUCUUCGUGGCUUGGGUCCGGAAUACAGGGAAUUUUUCGGCUGCCAUUAGAGCUCGUGAUUCCUCCAUUACUAUUGAAGAUCUCCAUGACAAGAUGCUGGAAUUUGAAGCUGGUAUUGCCACUAUUCGUCCUCGCUCUACUGCAUCUCCGACCACUACGUACAAUACUCAACGCAAUCAUCGUGUUAUCGACAUUGGUCGUGGACGUCGAGACAAUAGGGACAGUCGCGGCCUUCUUCCUUCACCUGUUCUUGCGCCACUUCCCUCUCAGGCUGACAAUAGUCGUCGCUCUCGGUCUUCCCUUAUUUUCCAAUUCUGUGACAAACCUGGUCAUACCGCCAAGAAGUGUUUCUGUAUCAAUCCUCAACCAUGUCAAGCUCAUUAUACUGUUGUUCCUGCCGCUCCACCACCUCCUCCAUCCUCUUGGCUAGUUGACAGUGCUUCCACCAAUCAUGUCACCUCUGAUCUUGGCGAUUUGGCGCUCUAUUCUGACUAGCGCAGCCCGGACAAGAUCCUCGUUGGUGAUGGACAAGGUUUGAAAAUCUCUCAUAUUGGUCGUUCUUCUAUUUCCACUACCCAGACUACUCUUGUUCUUCGUGACAUCUUAAGAGUUCCCGCCAUUUGUCAACAAUUACUAUUUGUUGCUCAACUUUGCAAAGCUAACUCGGUGUUUAUUGAAUUCUUUGCUAAUUUUUUUUGUUGUUAAAGAUCUAAGCACGGGGGCUACACUUCUGAAAGGUCGGAAUAAAGGUAACGUUUAUGAGCUGUCGAGGGAUCUUCGAGGGAUGCGUCUCGCCCUUGUCUCAACUCGUGUCACUCCCAACUUAUGGCAUCGUCGACUUGGCCAUGCUAACUCCAAGACACUCUCUCAACUCCUUCAUUCCCAUGCUUUACCUUUUCAAUCCAUCCAGUUGGUUUCUCCUUGCAAUUCUUGUUUUAUCCACAAGAGACCGGACUCACUCUCCUUCACCAAGCAUCUCUUCCUCUUUCUUUUUGGUCUCACGCAUUUGCAGUUGUUGUUUACUUAAUUAAUCGAUUGCCAUCAUCUACUCUUCAUGGUGCAAUCCCCUUUUAUAGUCUCUUCACUGACCAUCCCCAUUACACCAAACUCAAGAUUUUUGGGUGCCUUUGCUUCCCAUGGCUUCAGCCAUACUCCCACCACAAGCUUGACCCAAAGUCACGCCCAUGCAUAUUUAUUGGUUAUUCAUCACAACAAAGUGCAUAUCGCUGCUAUGAUCUAUCCUCCAACAAAGUAUUUGUUUCCCUCCAUGUUUGCUUUGUUAAGACCCAAUUUCCCGGCCUGGCAUUAUCCUCCUCUUCGCCUACUCACUAUUCAGCUAGUGCUUGGUUACCGGCUCCUGAACUACCUAUUACUCUGUUUCCUUUACCUAUGUCUUCCUCUCUAGGUGCCCAACCCUCUUCUGGUCCCUUGGUGCUGCCUUCCCCAGCUUCGGCAGUGGUAACCCCCCCCCCCCCCCCAUCUUGGACUCACAACAAUAACAAUCACAGUCGUCUCCCACACCGACAACUCUUGCCGCAGCUCCUUCUGCGCUGCCCUGCCCACAUAGAAUGGUAACUCGCUCUCAGAAUAAUAUAUUUAAACCGAAGAAGUUAUUUUCUGCUGUCAAGUAUCCUCUUCCAUCCUCUCUCCCAGCAUAUUUUGCGAUUGCUCUCCAUGAUCCUAAUUGGAACACAACUAUGCGCCAUGAGCAUGAUGCAUUAAUGAAGAAUAUGACAUGGGAUUUGGUGCCUCGCACAACAGCUCAGAAUGUUGUCGGUUCUAGAUGGGUGUACCGCAUUAAAAAAAAAUCAGAUGGGAUCAUUGAUCGUUAUAGAGCCCGGGCAGUGGCCAAGGGCUUCCAACAACGCCCCGGUGUUGAUUUUUCAGAUACCUACAGCCCGGUUUUGAAACCUGUCACUGUUCGAACAAUGUUCACCAUUGUUGUAUCCCAUGUUUGGCCUAUUGAUUCGGGUCCAAUUGUACACAUUUUACCCCUCAUUUCUUGAUAGUUUGGCUUUGCAUUUCAUCGUCCCUCGACAUAUUUCACGCUAGGUUGUGCUUGUUUGAUGUAUUUCAUGUCUUAGCGCGUGUGAAAGGGUCGAGGAUGAGUUUCGGGUCGAUUGGAGGUCGAAAAGUGCAAAAAAAGUGAAAAAACGUCCAAAAUCACGGUUUGAAAGCAAUUAUCACGAUCCAUGUAGCGAGUUCACGAUCGCCGGGACCGUGAACUGGAACCACAAAUCGUGAACCGCGAAGCGUCCAGAGAGGUUUCAAAGGUGACUCGUCCCGAAUAUCACAGGGCAAGUAUAAACCUUAGUAGGGUGCAAUACAGGGCAAGUAUGUUU